UUUCCUUCUUGUUUUGGUUUGUUUUGCUGAGGAAGGUGAGGACGUCCAAGGACAUUUCAGGACGGUGACGAGGGGAGGAAGCGAGCAGGGCGACAAGACAGCCCGCCUUCGAUCAGCCGGGUGUCGAGCCGCAGACAGGGGACCUCGGGCUUCGUGGCCGUUCUCACCGGCUCAGGGGGGACACGCCAGCGGCAGCGGAUGCUCUCCCGACACCCACGGCUACACACCCCCGCACCCAGGGAAGCCGGGGACCGCAUCCCUGCCUGGGCUUCUUUUAGGCAAGGCGGCUUGUUACCUGCCUGUGGACUAACCAGUCCGGACACCUCUGGUCCCCUCCUGCGGAGUCCACAGCUUCAUAGGCCACCAGAAAGCUCUGGCCCCACAGUCUGCAGGCUGGGAGCCAGGGUGCCCCUGUCCCAGGCUGCCCCCAGCUUUCUGUGGUUUGCUGGCAUCCUGAUGCCCCCAUCUUACCCGACCACCUGCAAAGACCCGUUUCCCAGUAAGGUUGCAUGACGGGGUUGGGACCCCAGCUCUUCAUGGGAACACCAUUCAAGCCAUAACAUUCGCUCUUUGAUUACGACAUCAAUAAAAUGUUCUUGCCUAGUGAAUAUCGCACAUUCUGAGGGCCCUGGUUUCCUAGAAAAUUCAAUAGUUGAGUCGUUUGUGGGCUUUCAGAUAGUCUGUGUACACGUAUCCCCUAAAGCUAUUUGUAAACAGGACCUUUUCACCCAACCACGCAGGAGUCACCUUGAGAUAAUCGUCCCCAUAAGACCCAGGAGAAGCUUCGGGAGAGCAGAGGGGACGCUCUGAAGCCCUCAGGGAAGUGCCUGGUGAGCACAGGGGCACACGAAAUCUACCUCGACCGACCGUGCCGCUUCAAUCCCCGGAGGAAGGAUGGCGAACAAGCCGUGGGCACCAGACUUGGCCUUGGUUUCUUAUCUAUUGUUAAUUCCCUUCAUCCUGCUGUACCAACUGCAUCUAUGGAGCCCACUCUCCUCUCCUCGGGAAGAAUGCAACGGACAACGAGGGGUGGCUUUUUUCUCAUGUUGGUUUCUUUCAGGAAAGCAGAGCUUGCUUUAAUCAGGUCCUCACACCUCGUUUUCACUCCAGCAUCAGGGGACGCUAUUACCGAACACUGAGCUCCCAGCACAGUCAAAUGGACACGCAUGAGUUAAGAGAUGCUCCAGUAUAUACUCCCCCAGAGCAGAAGCCGGCUCGGAGACGUUUGUAAAGAGGCCGCCGUGCCCCCAAGAAGGGGGUCCAGGGGUGCAAGCCAGGAAGAUGAACACACAAAGCCGUUUUCUGUUUCAACGGGGAGAUGCAGUGGGAACCAGUGCGGGGAAGCGCGGAGCCGGCGCGGAGCGAUUGUGAGGGCCUCUGCUGGAAUUUGGCAGCGCGGAGGCUUGGAGGGCAGCCCCAUGCUGGCCCCUAUUCAGCAGGCCAGUUUUCCUCGAGCUUUGGAAGUUUCACUCAGCCGUGCACUCAAUGGCUUCACAAAGCUGAUUACAAGCUUCAGCGCAUUCCUGAAGGAGCCAAAAGCGACGCAGGUGCAAACGAGCCGAGGGAGCCCCUUAUCCCGGUGACAGAAUGGGACAAGCUGGGAAAGGCUUGGACCACACAAAUCCAAGCUCACCAGGCAGCAGAAAGCCUGCCUUGGGAACCGGGGGUCAUUAUCCGCCCUAUUCAGCGGGGCCCGGGGACCUUGGGGGCCCGGGAGGCCGGCCCGCGAGGGAGCGCCAGCGCGCGCCCGCGGCCCUGGGGACCCCGCGGGGCCUGCGGUGGGGCGGGGGUGCCAGCCCGCGACGUGUGCGUCCGCACGGUCAGCGUUUGUGAAAUCCGUGCUCAGAAGGGCCCCGGGUCAACACCUCUAGGGACACAGGAAGCAACCGGGUGCGUGGACGUCGCGCCACCUUUGUUCAUCCAGCGUCCAGACCGCACUGCCCUGUCCCCGCCCCCACCCUGGCGCCGAGGGUCCCUCUGCGCUCCGUUUCUCCCCCAGCCGGCCUUUCCCAUCGGCCCGGGUUCCGACGGCGGGCGGUGGGAGGGACGGUGUCCGCGCGCCCAGAGUAGGGACCGAGGGUCCCCGGAGCGGCGGACAGAGGACGCCUUCGCUGCGAGGCCGACUCCCGCGGGGAGGCGGGCCGGUCCUCCCCGGGAAUGAAGGACAUGCCUCGCUCGCGAUCAAGAACAGAAAACCCGGACCGCGGGAGGUGGAGAGAGAAGGGCAGCCCGGCAGGGAGUGCGCGGGAAAGGGCCGCUCGCGGGCUGGCUGGUGACCCGGCGCGGGCGCCGG